AUGGCUGGGGACCCUGGGACUGUCCAGCGGCAGGGCUGCAGCCAGGGCCUCUGGGGCUCAGCUGGACACUGGGGGAUGAGUGUGUAUGAGAAACACCUCCCCGAUGCCUCUUCUGCGACACAUCACAGGCCUGCAACGACUGAGGGCGGGGCAAGUAGGGGUGGAGCUUCCAGAACAAAGGAGAAUGGGCAGCCCUGGGGGCCCAGGCUAGGCAUCAAAAAGGCUCUGCAGAGUGAGCAGGCCACAGCAGCAGCCCGCCUUUGUGCCCAGCAGUUGGUCAGACAACCCUCGCUCGCAUCCUCCUGCGUGCUCCAGGCUGGGUGCCCAGCCACGCUGCUCAGAGAGGCCUCCUGCUUGACUGCACCGACACUCGUGUGUGGCUUUCUUUACGUGGCUUGCAUUGCUGCUGCAAUUCCUGACGAGAGCACAGGGAUGGCUGAGAGUGGAGCCAGGAGCCCAGAGGGUCGUCGGCAGCACGCCUUCGUCCCCAAACCUUUUGAUGGAGCCAAUGUAGCCCCGGACCUCUGGCUGUUCCGCUUUGAGGUCAUCAAUGACCUCAACCACUGGGACCAUGUCACCAAGCUAAGGUUCCUGAAAGAGUCCCUCAAGGGAGAUGCCCUGGAUGUCUACAGCGGACUCAGCCCCAGUGACCAGGGAGACUAUGCGGCUGUGAAAGAGACCCUCCUGAAGGCCUUCGGGGAGUCUGGGGCCACCCCCAGCUACCUGCCCAAGGAGAUUGUCUUUGCCAACAGCAUGGGUAAGGGCUACUAUCUAAAGGGGAAAAUUGGCAAAGUGCCCGUAAGGUUCCUGGUGGAUUCUGGGGCUCAGGUCUCCGUGGUCCACCCAAGCUUGUGGGAGGAGGCCACUGAUGGUGACACGGACACCCUGCGGCCCUUUGAGAAUGUGGUCAAAGUGGCCAAUGGGGCAGAAAUGAAGAUCAUGGGUAUCUGGGAUACAGUGGUGACCCUGGGCAAGCUGAAGCUGAAGGCAGAGUUCCUGGUGGCCAAUGCUAGUGCUGAAGAAGCCAUCAUCGGGACCGACAUGCUCCAGGACCACAACGCGGUGCUGGACUUCGAGCAUCGCACAUGCACUCUGAAAGGGAAGAAGUUCCGCCUUCUGCCUGUUGGAGGAGCCCUGGAAGAUGAGUUCGACCUGGAGCUCCUAGAGGAGGAGCCCUGCAUGGAGGGGGGUGGCCAGCAGCUCUCCUAUUGAGAAGACCCACUGCAGUGGAGGGAACAGUGCAGAUCCUCAGGGGAGUCACUGGGCUUGGCCAACCUUCUAAAACUGGCUUCCUCCUCCUCCCUCUCCAGGGGCCUUAUUCUGCCCCUGGUGGGGGAGGCUUCCCUUUGAGAAGGCAGAGGUGUGCAGCAGUACAGGCUGGCUUCCUUAGAGGGAGAGAGGGUCCCCGUGGUUGUCAAGCCGCUCUUGGCGGCAGACUCAAAGGCUGGAAGGCGACCGGAAGAGGCUAGAAAUGAUUGUCUUUGAGAGAGGACUGGGGGAUUCCCUCGGCAACCUUGGGGGGCGGCUCGGUCAUCUUCAGGUCCGCGCAGCUGUCUCAGCUGGGCUGGAUACUGCCUACAGGGCCCUCGCCAGCAAGACCCAGCUGCCAGGGGUGAGGGUCACUGCUGCCCGGGGUUCUUCUCUGCUAGGUCUUCCCCCUGCACCAUGUAUGUUUCCUUCCAUAAUGUGUUUUGAAAAGCAUUGCGCUUUGUGCCAAUAAUUCAUUACUUCAAAAACCAAUAAAGAUUGACUCACAGAAAA